CAACGUAGCAGUUGGUCGCCAUGUUGGACGCCAUUUCGCUGACCGAGGAGGAGCUGGGGAUGCUGUUCGGCCCAGCUUCACAUGGGGCCGGCAGCCACCAGACUCGCGCUGCAGCCAACAGCAAAACCUCGACUCGUAGUACACAAGGAAAACGUGCUGCCACCAAGAUGAAGACCAAGAUGUCGAGUGCCAACAAGUUUUGCUCCUCUCUCCUCAGCAAUGCAGAUUCAAUCGUGCCUGCUCGGUGUGGCUACCGGACCGGCAAGUGCCCGAAUCUGCAGGCCAUUAAGCGCAACGGGAAGCUACACAAGCUCUGCGAGUUCCAUCGCGAGCGAGCCAAUCUAAACCAGAAGAAGUUGGAUCGCAAGAAGCGUAUGCAGCGCUCCAAAUUGUCUGGUGUAGCUUCUUCUUCCUGUGGGUCUAUCUCGUCCACCUCGUCCGUCAUUUCUGAGGACGACAACUGCAGCCUCGACUUGGACGAGAGUUCGCCGCGCACCGUAGAGGCGGCAGUAACUAGCAGCGUCUUCAAGCCCAAGAAAGAAUUCGACGCGAAGGUAUUCUUGCCUACCAGCCUCGAUGAGGCCCCACUGGCGCUCGGCUGCGAGGAACUUGCCAUCUUCUGCAGCCUCAUGACCUUCGACGUCAACCACCGAGCGCCGCUGAACCGAGACGCGCCAUCAAUCCGCGCACCUUCGUGUCAUUACCCCACGAGCAUGGUGUGA